GGUGUGCAUUUCAUAAAGUUUAAGGAAACCUGGUAGCAGGUAACAGCAUUGCUGAGAGGACAGAGCAACAAUCCAGCUCUUAGAACUCUGCCUGAAGGGAUCAGUGGAAGAAGGAAUCCCCAACGUGAAGACAGAUGGCCGCAGUGAUCUUGAACAGUAGGAUGUCUGCUGCAGACGCAUUCGAUGAGCCUCCCAUCCAAGCAGAAGGUGCUGCAGAAGCAUCCAACUGGCCUCCCAUCCAGACAGAAGUUAUACGACCUGCAUAUGAAAAUCCAAGUAAUCCAGCACAGAAUGUUCACUUCUCGAAUAACCCUAGCACUGAACAACACCCUGGCUUCCUAAAGAAUUCCAGUUAUGAACAGAACAUUCAAUUUGCACAAAAUGUUGGCUAUGACCGAAGCACAGGUAUCGUACGGAAUACUGGAUGCCCUGUACCACAAGGACCAGUUGUAGUUCAGACUUUCUUAGUCCAGCCUUCAGUGAAGCUGAGUUACCAACCAGUUCAUACGACCUGUCCUUCCUGCCGUCAACAGAUAUUAACAAAAGUUACCUACAAGACAGGAGCUUUAACUUGGCUUUCCUGUUGUGGCAUCAUGCUGGCUGGGUGCUUCUGUGGCUGCUGUCUAAUUCCAUUUUUUGUUGAUAGCCUUAAAAAUACUUUGCACCACUGCCCGACAUGUGGCUGCCUUAUUGGAAUAUGCAAGCCUAUCUGAAGCAUUCUAUGCUGUCACGAUUCAUGGUCAUCUGAUCUAAAACUGGAACUCUGUCAAACACCUUACAAAAUAAAAAUGUUUAGUCAAGUCCUAGCUAAUGACACUUUUUACAACCAUUACUGACCCAUUCACAAAAGUAAAUAAAAUGAAAUGCAUUGCACAUACACACAAUGCAACUAGAUUACACUAUAAAGGUAAAUAAGAAAACAAUUAAAGUUGAACACAUCUAAAUAAUGUAACCACUGUGCAUUUGUUUGUGUUCUCAGCCUUAUUAAUUCUAAAUAAAGGUAUACCUUCUUAUU